AGUAUCUCUUCAACUCUCAAACGCAUCUGUUGUUGCAGGUUCUAAUCGUUGCUCCGGCGAACAUCGUUGAUAAGAGCUGUCGUUUGCGACGGUUAUGAAGUGUGUGAUUAUCACGCUGGCAGUAUCAGCUGUGUGUCUUUCGCCCGGCCUGAACUAAUGAAAACCACUGGGGACUGUCUGCAACAAAACAAACGGUAGUGCAAUUUUUCUCGUUGAACAGUGCUGUGAUUUGCCAGUGAAAAUGUCGCUCGGCAGUAUAAUAUUAACCAUUCUGGACCCAUUUAAAAUCAUACGGAAUUACCUAUUGAAGCCGUUGGCAGUGACCGGAAUAGUUUUUGCCGAAGAAUACAAACGAAAGACCAAUGCUGGAGUGCAAUCGACAAAAAACAUUGUCUUGAGACUGAUAGUGGUUGUGCUUAUCGGGCUGUCAGUUGUGUGGGCCUCGAUAUUUAUGUAUGCUUACUUUUACUACACCUACAUGCCAACGGUGUCGCACGUUAAAGAUGUGUUUCUCAGCUACAGCAAAUGCCACACGGGGAAGGAAUGUCUGCAGUAUCCUUCGGAUAACGUUAUGUUGACUAAAAAACAACAGCUCCUUAUGGUUGGUCAACCAUACCGAGUUAUUCUAUACCUUGAGAUGCCGGAGUCGGAACAAAAUGAUAAAACAGGCAUGUUCACGGUUUGCGCAACGAUGUUCGAUCAUACGGGAGAGCAUUCUACAAAAUCUUGCCGACUCUCCAUGCUGCACUACAAAUCAGACUUGCUAAAAAUGAUCUCAACUGUGGUGUUUGCUCCGUUUAUGGUUUUGGGCUACCGAGAGGAGAAACAGGUAGUCUCAGUUGAGCUGUUUACCCAUUACGAAGACAACCAAAUCCACCCGGCCACCAGCGUGGACAUUGCCAUUCUUUCUAGUAGUGUACAGUUCUACUCGGCACAGCUUCACAUCACAGCUAAUUUCUCCGGACUGCGAUACCUAAUGUUCAAUUGGCCUAUCCUUUCGGGAAUUAUUGGAAUCACCACAAACUUGUUUUUCAUACUGGUAGUGUGCGUUCUAAGUUGGUACCAUUGGGAUGAUACUGAAUGGUUAGUCGAUAUAAAAGAUCGAUAUCAACAAAUCAUCAAAAAGUCACGUACUGCAGCUAUUGAGCAUUUGCCGGUGCAACCAAGGACGAUUGUUAAGCCUGAUGAAAAAUCCGAGGACAUUGAAGAACUUUCCAGUUUUAAAGACGAUUUAGGACUUGCAAGCUGAUAAUUGCAUUUAUCCAUGACAAUGCUCAGAAUGAUAGCCAACAAGAUAAGCAAAUGAUUGUUUAGUUUGGAAGAGGGAAGUAGUUUUCUAGUUUUUUUUUGCAUCCUGACUAAAUGAAUACUCAUUCAAUGUACAUAGCGGUAAUUAUAUUCCAUUCGUGAAUUACUGUUGAAAUAUAAAAAAAUCAAAAUA